ACCGCCUCCGUCUCCCUCUCAUCUUCGUCUUCUCCCACCGUGCGUGCGUGCGUGCGAUUCCCCUUCCCUACCACCACACCAGAAGCCGCAGUCCACCGCAAGUCACCUCCGCCCGCGAAACCCUCGCCCAGUCGCCCGCCGCCGUCCCCGCCUCCCGCAGCCCGCCCCUCCAUCGGGCGCGCGCGCGCCGCCGCCGAUCGCCGGUGCCCAUCCAUCAGGUGAUUUCCUGUGGCAUGGCAAGGAUACCAACUGGCCAUUGCUUCUCCUUUCAUGAAUGAUGUCCUUCCCUCCGAAGGACACUAACACGCACACAGUAUUCAAGUGGCCCUGGAGGAGAGAAUCGCCGUUAUCAGCGCAGCUUCUCAUCGACAUUCCGCCCGAAAUAGAGCUGUCCGACUACCAGAGAUUGCCAGGUUCUAUCAGUGACAGCCCAUCCAGACUUCUCCAUGGCGAGAGCGUCAAGGAAGAGCCGAUCCCCGACCUGGAUAUUUUCUUCGAAAGGCUUUACGAAUACUUCUGCGCGAAAGGACUAAGGUGCAUCGUCAUCAAAUGGAUAAUCGAGAUACUUAAUGUGCUGUUUAUGGUGUGCUGCAUCGGGUUCUUCUUCUUGUAUGUCGAUUGGAACGCCCUUGGCCACUUGAAGUGCGGUGUUGAGGCGCUCGAGUCCGGGGAAAAGCCAUGUGAUCUGAUGGAAGCUAUUAAGCGCAAUCCACUAGUGCCAUUCACCUUUCCUAAAAUGAUCACUGUUGGAUCGAUGGUUAUAUUGGCAACGUAUGGACUUAUCAACUUCCUCAAGUUCUUUGUGCAACUGAGAAGUACACUGAAUGCGCGUGACUUCUACUAUAACAGUCUCAGGGUUACAGAUCUCGAGAUUCAAACAAUAUCAUGGCCCAAAAUAAUCGAGAAGGUUGUCCUGCUACAGAAGUCUAAAAAACUUUGUGUUGUUAGGGAUCUCUCAGAGCAUGAUAUUAUCAUGAGAAUAAUGAGGAAAGAAAAUUACUUGAUAGGGAUGGUGAAUAAGGGCAUUAUCUCAUUUCCAAUUCGGCCUUGGCUACCUGGUGCUGGUCCAACUGUCAAAUCUCAUGUGCAUGAUAGGAGAAACUAUGUGAUACUUCCAAAAGCACUAGAAUGGACCUUAAAUUGGUGCAUCUUCCAGUAUAUGUUUGACAGUAAUUUCUGUGUUCGAAAAGAUUUUCUAACAAGCCCAGCUGUGUUGAAAAAACGACUUGUCUUUGUUGGCAUUGCAAUGCUGGUUCUGUCGCCCUGCCUUGUAAUUUUCCCAUUGGUGUACCUCAUUCUGAGGCAUGCUGAAGAACUUUAUAAUCACCCCAGUACAGCAUCAUCCAGAAGAUGGUCAAACUUAUCAAGGUGGAUUUUUAGGGAGUAUAAUGAGGUGGAUCAUUUCUUCAGACAUAGGAUGAACAAUAGUGCCGUGCAUUCGUUGAACUACUUGAAGCAAUUUCCAACUCCACUCAUUUCUAUCAUAGCAAAAUUUGUAUCUUUUGUUUCUGGUGGUUUGGCUGGUGCUCUUAUAAUCAUGGGAUUCCUGGGAGAAUCCAUUCUUGAGGGUCAUAUUUUCGGAAGGAACCUAUUCUGGUAUACUAUUGUUUUUGGAACAAUAGCUGCUAUAAGUCGAAAAGUAGUGGCUGACGAACUUCAAGUAAUUGACCCAGAAGGGGCCAUGUGCCUCGUUGUCCAGCAAACACAUUACAUGCCAAAGAGGUGGCGUGGGAAAGAAAGCAGUGAACUGGUUCGGAGAGAAUUUGAGACGCUAUUUCAGUAUACUGUAGUAAUGCUAGUAGAAGAGAUGGCCUCCAUUUUCAUCACUCCUUACCUGCUCAUUUUUGAGUUACCAAAGCGUGUUGAUGACAUUCUGCGCUUCAUCACAGACUUCACAAUUUAUGUAGAUGGGGUGGGAGAUGUAUGCAGUUUAAGCGUGUUUGACUUCAGAAGACAUGGUAAUAGAAACUAUGGUUCCCCAUUUGAUGCACCUAAAAACCUAAGGAGCUCCCAAGGGAAAAUGGAGAAAUCAUUCUUAAGCUUUCAGAGUGUUUAUCCAUCAUUGGUGGCAAACGUGCAUGGCAAACAGUUCUUACAGAACCUGCAAAAGUUCAAGGAAAGGCAAAUACGCCAACAGGCUAUUGCACAGUAUCAGGCAAUGGAAGCAUCAGGCUUUGUGGAUAGCACAGGUCAAAGGGAUGAUAUCUUCCGUCAGCUGCUCCCAAGUAUAAUCCGUAAUCACGCCGAUGCCAUCCCACCUGCUGCUUAUAACUUUGGCCCAUUAGGGUUGCUUGACACGGAUCAAAGAACUCAUCCGUAUAUUCUGGAUUGGUAUUACAUGUGCCAUUCACCGCACACGGAUAGAGCAGAAGCUUCUCUCCAUUUCGAUGAAGAGUCCCCUGAAUUUUUUCAGAAUACGAGUCCACCAGGAAGGGAAACAUCUGAAAUUGAAGAAGCUGAAAACAAUUACUCGGAGGUGUACGGGAGAGCUGAGAGCCAUAUGGGGGCAUCAACAUCAAGCACUUUGUUCCGGCACGCUCCUACGAAGCACCAUGGUAAAGAAGAUAGUUCAGCGGGCAACUGGUGGGGGCAGGCCCCUGCAUAUCCUCAUGAUCCGCAGCAGGAUAGUUUCGUCGAGCCUCCGGAAUUUGAAAAGCAUAAUAUGGCCGCGCUGGGCAGUUUCCUCGAGCCUCCAGAGUUUGGAAAUCGUAACAUGGCGCGCGACAGCCGUUCCAGUCAUCACAGUGGCGAUAUAUCAGAGGGAAGCGAGGGAGAUCUGGAGCAGGGCGACAACAGAAGCACCAGCAGCAGCAGCUGGAGAAAUCCCCAGACGCUUGCGAGGACGAGGUAUAUGGACGACUCUUACAUGGAGGAGGAGGAUGGGCUGGACCUUCAUUUCGCUGACAAGGAUGAGGACCGGCGACCUGGCGGAGCUGAUGCUUAUGACCGCGCACCAGCUGGGCUUCCUGUGCGAAUAAUACCUCGCAGCAGUGACCCCCUCCCUGUAGACUGGCAGAAGUAGGUGUGCUUGGUUGUGUGCUGUCGUACGUAAUUGGCUGUGUGAACCACGCCUCCACUUCAUAUAAGCUGGCAAAUGGCCACAAAUUCUUUUGUACAUACGGUCUGCAGAUCAGUUACCAUUGUAUAUACCCUUGUCCAGCCCCUUUUUACGGGCUGGGGAAGAACCAUUCUUUCGUAGCACGAAGUGCGUCUGUUAUUUA